AUGGAGACUUAUGAGGCGGGCACAUACUUGGGGAAAGCUGAGGAGAGAGACGGGUAUUAUGAGCUGGAGCAUCUGCCCCCACUGCUGGAGGAUGAGGAGAACGUGUCUCUGGCGGACGUCCUGUCCCUGCGGGACAGCUGUCUGUCCGAGGAGGAGGUGUGGGCGGUGUGUGCAGAGUGCGUCCUGGCGCUGCAGAGCAUCCGACCCUCCCAUCUCUUCCACACCCUGUGCAUAACACCAGACACUCUGGCCUUCAACGCCCACGGGAAUGUUUGCUUCAUGGAGCAGCUCAGCGAUGAUCCAGAAGGCUCCUUUGUGCCCCCUGAGUUUGACGACACGGGCAGCACGUUUGAGGGCCAUGUUUACUCUCUGGGCUCUACGCUCUCUGCCGCACUGAGCUUUGUCAUCGAGCCAGAGCUGGAGGCAGAGCUGGGGGAAGAGAUCCAGAGGCUGCUGGAGCAGAUGCAGGAGGAGAAGCCCGAAGACAGGCCUCUCCUGCAGGACAUCCUCUGUCUGGCUGAAGCAAGGCUGUCUCAUACCUGCUCUGCAGCUGUGUGCCGGAAACUGUCUUCUGUUGGGCGACGGGUGCUCUCCAUCGAAUCAGUAUCAACCUUUCAAGAUGGACAGGAAGGCUCCUGGGAGGCAAGAUGGCAGCAUCCCAAACCCAGAUGUCUGCUUAAAAGACCGAGCUCGGAUGAUAAUACCAAAGACCUGUGUGUUGGCAGUUCUGUUAAAGCCAAUGGUCUGUCCAGGCAGCAGGUGUGCGGCGGCUGGGAUUCCUCUCUCUGGGCGGAGGACAUGGACAGCUGUGAAGGAGACGGCAUGACUUUGGACGACGAGUUGGACUGCAGGUCCCACAACAGCUCUCCAGUGAGAAGGAGAGCCCAGCAGAGGCUGAGCAGGGUGAGGGGGGCUCUGAACCGCUCCUGCUCCGUCCCGGACUCCAACAACCCCCCUUGUCCGUCCCCGCCGACCCACGGAGAUAUCAGCGUACCUGUGUCUGACCUCACGGAGAUAGGAGCGGACGAGCUCUUGAGCAGCACGUCUGAGUGGAGUAACAGGCUUCAAAGACUGGACCGGGGCAGGUCCUGUGAGUCUUACCCACACAGCAGCACUGAAGAUUGUUGGACCUCAGCUGUGGACGACCAAAUGUCACGAGGAAACGAGGACGCUGCAGAGACUCAAGGCUGCCGUGAGUGUGAAUCUAAGGACUGCACCCAGGAUUCGGCAUCUCCCUGUACUUCCUGUCAGGAACUGGAAAAGGAACUGGACCAGUCUGAGGACCAGAGCUUAUUGAACCACAGCCUCUACAUACCCAAUAACUACAUGACCAAAAGCAUGCUGUGCCUCAAUGAAGAAUCUCAGGACGAGUGGAUCUCUCUGAGAGAGUUACUGACUCGGUGUGGACGGAGGCUGACAGUCAAUGAGCUAUGGGCUCUGUGUUACACCUGCCUGUCCUCACUGCAGACCUACAUUGACUUUCCAGCCUAUCUGUGCCUGGACACACUGCACGUGGGCUGCGAGGGAGAAGUACUUUUCCUGAAACCUCAAAACAUCGGAUCCCGAGAUGAAUUUUAUCUCGCUCCAGAGUAUCAAGAACAUGGAAUUGUGACUGAGAAGGUUUGUGUCUAUGGGGUCGCUGCUAUUCUCUGGGCUACAGCCAAGUUCAGUUUAUCACCUCAUCAAAAACUGGCGAUGCCUCGCAAACUGAAGAGGCUGCUCCUGGAGAUGGCAAAGAGGACGCCCAUUGAGAGACCUACCAUCGUCAUGGCUAAAAAAAGCUGUCGUGACUACUUAUCAUGUAGAGGGACGAAUGCUGAGGCUGUGUGGAACAACCUCAUCAGCAGAGUUCACCCGCCAGCCUCAAAAACAAGCGAUGGGGAUGAUUUGAGUGCAACUGACACUCAACAAAGUUCAUGUGAAGAGUCUGCACGAAACAGCGGCUUUGUGCCCAUGGCCACUGAGAGCCGACUGGCUCCUGUGCCUGGCCCUGUUCCCCACAGCUAUCCAGUCAGCAAGGAACUCCAACUCCCAGAGGCCUUCACUUCCACCGCCACACACUUCAGCCCCAUCAUCCUGACAAAUGAGGGGGACUCAGAGGAGGAGGAGGGGCGGCACCUUGGAGCUGCCAUUGAAGGGGGUUGUUCAUUUUACAGGACAAAAAUCGGUAAACACAUGGAGGAAAGGGGCCUCGAUUUCACUCCACUCUUUCUCUCUGAGUACCCAUGCCCUACACAGACUGAGCCUGAUCUACAUACACAGGAGUUGGCUGUUCAUCAGACAGCCAUAACUACAACCUUCGAGGACAAUUUGCUGGUCAGCUCUACUUCCACUCUCCCCGAUAUUCCCUGUCUUGAAGUCUCUCUUCCGCCACCGCUAUCCGCUGACCUCGGUGGUCGCAGUGUUUUCAACAAUUACCUCUUCCGUCAGGAUCCCACAACGGGAAGUCUUUCCUUAGUGCCCGUGCAGGUGAGGGCUCCUGAGUCUCUCCUCGGGUUGGAUAUAAAUCUCUCCCUCGUGCCACAGCCUUUGCAGGGACUGAUCACAGGUCCAGAGAGCGCUGACGGCCCAUUCAUCAACUGUCUGAAUACCCCCGUGAGGCCUGGACUACGGGAUUGUGACCCACCAUCAUCCUAUUUCAAAGGCAGCUCAGUCAUUUCUGACAGCCCCCUGGAGCGCAGUGUGCCCGGAGCUAACAAUGGACAAACAAAUCCAGGGACUCAAGGUGAGAAGCAGCCCCCUUCAGAGUCCAUCUCCCCUAAAGUCCACCCUGCCCUACAGGAGGUGAUCGAGCUGCUCAAUGGAGAGUUUUCACUCAAUGGUCAUUUGGACAAUGGACAUGAGGACAUCGCCAUGGGGGAGUGCAUCUUCUUGUUGAAGGACCUUCAGUACCACAAGUUUGCAAGCAUUGUGAAGGAGAGGUUCAGCGAUCUGUACUGGGAAGAAGACUUGCUGGGUGUUCUGCACUGCCUGGUUAACUACAGCCCGUCCGCACUCGGCUCUAAUGAGCAGCCUCCAUCAAAGGCUGUGAAAAGGGCAGCCCUCACUCCACCCUUGGUAGCCGCCGUCUGGGAAGGAGAGAGAGAAGUUUGCCUGCAAGGUUGCCUCGACCUGAACGGGAACAUUCACGCGUCCAGUCCUGCUGCUGUGGGUCGUUGGAUUGAGGGAAGCGAGGCCCGGCCCUGUCAUGUAAGAGAGGAGGCUGCGCCCGAAGAUUACGAUUUAAGAUCGGAAGAGAGUCAACGCUGCAUCUUUCAAGGCAUGAGUACCGACAGUUCGGAAGCGGUGGCCAUGGAGGGAGGAGAGCAUGAAUCAGCGGGGGGCAGCGAUGAAAGCCCCUCUGAAGCGGAGUUUCCGUCUGGGAGAGAGCAGAUGAGCCCCGACUGCUCGGAGGACAUGGAGGACAGCGACUCUCUGGUGUCGGAGCGACUCGUCUUGCCCGGAUCCAGAGCGGACGGACCGGGCCUCAGCUUCGGCCCGGCCUGGGCCUUGGCCUUCUUUGGGGAAGAGUGCUUUAGUCCUGAGGUGAUGGAGUACGCAGUGAAUCUGGGGCAGCACACAGGAUCACCGUGUCUGGAUGUGAAAACACUGGAGCUGCAGCAGCAGCUGAUGAUUGAAACAAGGAAUCUGAAGAAAACGAGAAAUUUCUACCAGAAGCUGAUUCAACAAGAGAGGAAAAACAAAGGUGACAACAAACUGAUGCUGUCCAAACUCAAGUCCCAGCUUGAGGAACUCCGAUCCAAAGUGGUCUUCUUAGAUUGUGUGAAGAAAUACCUGGAGAUUCUGAGUGUGGACCAGUGGGGUUUGGAGGUUUCAUUACUGCCUGCUUUGGCUGUCUGUGAACCUGGAUCUUUGGACUUCCAGUCCUGUGAGGACUUGUCUGUCCUGAGCUUUGGUAACAGCAAAGGGAAGAGCACUCUGCAAGCUGGGUCUCCUCUGGGCCUCCUGGCUUACCUCUAUGCCAGAAACGCUGCCAUGGAGGGCUUCAUCCAGCAGUUCCUGUAUACCUAUCGUUUCCUCUGCACUCCCGAGGAAUUACUGCAGUUCAUAAUGGAAAAAUGCAUCUGUGCCGCAAGACAAGGUCCAGACAUGUCAGGAGACAGUGUAAAGAUCUUCCAUCGCAGCUUGGACCUGCUCCAGUUCUGGAUAACAGACUGUAAACAGGUGGACUUCACACCGAAGUCCAGCCUUGUGGACACGUUAGAAAACUUCCUCAAUACUGAGGUGAUUCCUGUAGACAGCCGAGGGGAGGCCCUUCUUGCCGCUCUCCACAGCGCCCCUUGUACGACUUGGAUCCAGGGAAGAGGAAGCCUAGUCAGCAUUGAGGAAGAUGAUGAUUCUAUGAGUGUGCAUUCAUCUACUGAGGACCUUGGGAGAAAGUGGAGAUUCUCCAGAGUGGUGGAGCCCUCUGCGUCCCUGCCCAAAGACAAGGCCUUCUCCAUCGCCACAGCCCUGCCCAUGCCUUGCUACGGCUCCCUGGUGGACGACCUCUCCAACGUCUGCCUGCAGAGUGAGGAGCGUAUCCCCUUCAGCCGGAAUGAAAACGGCGCACAGCACAUUACCCAGCAGCUCACCCUGCUGCAGCAGGGGAUGUUCCAAGGAUGUCAUCCGGUUCAUUUUCUAAACUCCAGAGUACAAGGAGUCAGGGUAAAGGUCUCCACCUUGAACAAGAAUGUGUCUCAGCAUAUCCCUCCAGCAGAGGGCAGCGGCCUACUCGUGUGUGAGGAGACGCCAUCAGACAGCUACCUUCAGCAACUGCUCACAUAUGCUGACAGUGUUGCUAACUGGAUCUCUGCUGAAAUAGUCAUCUGUGACUCCGUCAAGACACAAGUUGCUUUGCUGACAAAGUAUCUGUGGAUAGGAAAACACUGCUACGAGUCGAGGAACUUUGCCACCGCCAUGCAGGUCCUCGGAGGUCUGGAGAACGUGAUUGUCAGGCAAUUACCGGCUUGGAAACAUCUGUCUUCCAAGGUGUGCGAGAUCCUGGAGGAGCUACGGGCUGUGCAGGUGUUUCUGAAGAGUGACGACCUGUGUCUGAUGGGGGGAGAACACACGAGGAGGAGGCCCACCCUGCCGUCGGCGCACAUCCUGGCCAUGCACGUCCAGCAGCUGGAGAUCGGAGCCUUCACGCUCACUACUGGAGCGUACAAGUGGACCAAGCUCAGGAGCAUAGCGAAGGUUGUGAGUCAGGUCCAUGCCUUCCAGGAGGCUGUGUACCCUUACAGCCCGGACCGGGAGCUGCAGGCCUACCUUCAGCGCCGCAUCGCCCGGCUCGCCACCUCUGACAUCCACCUCUUGGCCGCCGACAACGACGACAGCUUCCAGCAGACCAGCGAGCGACAAACGCGGAGGAUCCAGGACAAGCUGAGGAGGGUAAAGGCCUCUUUCCAAUGA